AUGGAGAAAUGUGUAGUGAAAGGACCAGUUGUACUGUGGAAAAGUUCAAUUAGGUUUGAGGAAAAAUUUCUCUAUGAGCUUUCUAUUUACUUGGGGUUUUUAUCUUUUCAGGUUUCAAUUUUAGGCUGCCCUGAUCCAAAAGUUCAUGAGAUUGCAUACCAGUAUGGAAAAAACGUUGGCAUAGCUUUUCAGUUGAUAGAUGAUGUGCUGGAUUUUACAUCGUGUGCUGACCAUCUGGGGAAACCAACAGCAGCAGAUCUCAAGCUUGGAUUAGCCACAGGCCCUGUCUUAUUUGCUUGUCGACAGUUUCCAGAAAUGAAUGCUAUGAUAAUGAGGAGAUUCAGUAAGCCAGGAGAUGUUGAACGUGCAUGGAAAUACGUGUUGCAGAGUGAUGGUGUGCAGCAAACGACCUACCUCGCCCAGCGCUACUGCCACGCCGCCACGCGCGAGAUCCGCAAGCUGCGGCCGUCCCCCGAGAGAGAGGCCCUGGUGCACCUGACAGAAAUGGUUCUCAUGCGAGACAAGUGA